UCAAACGAUGACGGCAAAGAUGGCGGCCUCCAUAGUGGAGCAUGGAGAAGAUGCUUUUAGGAAAUUAUUUAAGUUUUAUAAGAGGAAAAGUCCUCCUCCAGACUUCAGUGAAGUCAUUAAUUUCUCCAAACCACUACACAGUGACAAGGUGUUUGCUUGUGAACUUAACUCCAUCCCUAUAAGUGAGGAGGAAGUUUCCAAAGUGGGUCUUCAACCAGUAAAAGACUGGAGAGCCUUUGGUCUGCAUGGAUAUCCAGGGUUCAUCUUUAUAUCCAACCCGUUCCUGCCUGGUUCUCAGCAGUAUUGGACAAAGCAAUGUCUGAAGAACUAUCCACAGAAACCAAAUGUGUGUAAUCUGGAUAUGCAUAUGUCAACUGCAGAGACCGAAAACAUUUGGGAGAAAAGCAUAGAUGCCAUUCAAAGAAAAGGCUCUGGGAAAAGAGAGCCCAAGACUCUUCUAGAAAAGCUACGCUGGGUGACUCUUGGUUACCACUAUGAUUGGAACUCCAAGACUUACUCUCCAGACCACUACACUCCCUUCCCCACUGAACUUCACUCGCUGUCCCACAAAGUAGCAGCGGCCUGUGGCUUUCCUGGCUUUAAUGCAGAGGCGGGCAUUCUCAACUAUUACCGAUCUGAUUCGUCGCUUGGAAUCCAUGUUGAUGAAUCAGAGCUUGACCACACCCAACCAUUGCUCUCUUUCAGUUUUGGACAGACUGCCGUCUACCUGUUGGGCGGGGCUAAGAGGGAGGACCCCCCCACUGCCAUGUUCAUGCAAAGUGGUGACAUAAUGGUGAUGUCAGGACCCAGUCGCCUGCUUUAUCACGCAGUACCCUGCAUUGUUCCCGCCCCUGCUGAAAACAUGCUGCCAGCCUGCCUAAAUGAAAGACUGAAUGGGGAGGCGCAGGAUGAUGACAUCAUUCAGAGUGUAUCAGAGGACGAUUGGAAGGUUUGCUCCUGGUACUUACAGACAUCUCGGGUGAAUGUGACUGUUAGACAGGUACUGGCUUCCGGUCAGACGUUCCCCCAAAUGGAGUCACUGUGCGGGACAAAAUACACAUCUGAAGAUAACAGUCAAAAACCAGAGGAAGAGGAUGAAACUGGAACAAAUAAGAAGAGGAAAACUGAAUCAGGCUAUGAGCGAGAUUCCUAACAUGCCUGUUUUGAUGUUUAUUGCUUUGAGGACAAUAUUGAAUUAUUGCUUUUGUUUUAUUUAUGUAAAAUGCACCUGCUAUUAAACUUUAACUUUAUGCAAUGCUUUAUGGUUCUGGUCCAUCUACUAAUCUGCUUGGACACGAAGCAUUCUACACUGUAAAAAAAAAUGCUAAAUGAAGUUAAAACGUUGGUUUUGCAAGUCAAUUCACUCUACUAUUUAAGGUUUGACUUGUACGUUGACCUAACUUAUAAAAACAAGUUGAAAUUAUUUAACUUAAUUUAUGUUAAAGUAACAUAAAAAUAUGUGUUGAUUUAACAUAUUUUAUACAGUGAAUGCUGAAAUUUGUUGAAAUAAAAUAGGAAAUUAGGAUGCUUUUAUCCAAAGCGACAUGUGUACCACAAUUCAGAAUAUACAUUGAACCCAUGACCUUUGUACUGCUAAUACAAUGCACUACCGGUUAAGCUACAGAAACACUAUACCUGUCUGAGAAAUCCAAGCUAAAGUCUCAUAAUCCUUAUUAUGACAUGAGGGCAUCAAAGAUAAUAUCAGUCAAUAUUAAAGAUAUCAAAUUUAUAUUUUCACAGAAUGUUCUUUACAUUAUGUAGCAUUUUUAUAGAAAACGAAAAAUUAGGUUUUCACAGGCACGUUUUACUCGG